AUGGGUGUCGGCCGGAGGAAGCUGGCCCUGCUCUGGGCCCUGGGCCUCACUCUGGCCUGUGCCCAGCACACAGGCCAGGCCCAGGACAGCACUGCAGAGCUCGGCUAUGCGUACCCGGACCUCCCUCCUGCCCCCCAGGGGCCUGGCGGCAACUCCCUCCGCGGGGUGACCAUCCACCCGCCUCUGAGGAGCACCCCCCUGGUGCGAGCCCUGAACGCGGCGCACCGCGGGCGGGUGUGCAGCACAUGGGGUGACUUCCACUACAAGACCUUCGACGGCGACGUCUUCCGCUUCCCCGGGCUGUGCAACUACGUCUUCUCCGCGCACUGCGGUGCCGCCUACGAGGACUUCAACCUCCAGCUCCGCCGCGGCCCCGGCCCCAACGCCACCGCGCCCAGCAGGGUCACCAUGAAGCUUGACGGCAUGGUCGUCGAGCUGACCAAGGGCUCCGUCCUGGUCAACAGCCUCCCAAUUCAGCUGCCCUUCAGCCGCUCCGGAGUCCUCAUUGAGCAACGCAGCAGCGGCGUGAAGGUGGCGGCCAGGCUGGGCCUGGUCUUCAUGUGGAACCAGGAUGACAGCCUCCUGCUGGAGCUGGACCCCAAGUACGCCAACCAGACCUGCGGGCUCUGCGGAGACUUCAAUGGCGUCCCCGUCUUCAACGAGUUCUUCUCCCACAACAUCAAGCUGACCGCCACCGAGUUUGGGAAUCUGCAGAAGAUGGACGGCCCCACGGAGCAGUGUCAGGACCCUGCCCCUGAGCCCCCCGUGAACUGCUUGACCGGUUUUGGCAUCUGCGAGGAGAUGCUGAGCAGCGAGCCGUUCUUGGACUGCGCCGCCCUCGUGGACGCCAGCAGCUACGUGGAGACCUGCCGGCAAGAUCUCUGCCACUGUGGCCAGGCCAACCUCACCAGCUGCCUCUGUCACACCCUUGCUGAGUACUCCCGCCAGUGCACCCAUGCCGGGGGGCUGCCCCUGGACUGGCGGGGCCCCCAGCUCUGCCCCCAGACGUGCCCCCUCAACAUGCAGUACCGCGAGUGCGGGUCACCCUGUGUGGACACCUGCUCCAACCUGGAGCACUCCCAGCUCUGCGAGGACCACUGCGUCGCCGGCUGCUUCUGCCCUGAGGGGACGGUGCUGGAUGACGUCGGCCACACUGGCUGCAUCCCGGUGCCCCAGUGCUCCUGUGUGUACAACGGGGCCACCUACACUCCAGGGACCGGCUACUCCACAGACUGCACCAACUGCACCUGCGCUGGGGGCCGGUGGAGAUGCCAGGAGGUGCAGUGCCCGGGCACCUGCUCGGUGCUGGGCGGUGCCCACUUCUCCACGUUCGACGAGAGGCAGUACACGGUACACGGGGACUGCAGCUACGUGCUGGCCAAGCCCUGUGACAGCAGCGCCUUCACCGUGCUGGCCGAGCUGCGCAGGUGUGGACUGACCGACAGCGAGACCUGCCUGAAGAGCCUGACGCUGACCCUGGGUGGGGGGCACAUGGUCUUCGUGGUAAAGGCCAGCGGGGCGGUGUUUGUGAACCAGAUCUACACCCAGCUGCCCCUCUCGGCAGCCAACGUCACGCUCUUCAGACCCUCCACCUUCUUCAUCAUCGCCCAGACCCAGCUGGGCCUGCAGCUGGACAUCCAGCUGGUGCCUGUCAUGCAGGUGUUCGUGAGGCUGGCGCCCCAGCUCCAGGGGCAGACCUGCGGCCUGUGCGGGAACUUCAACCAGAACCAGGCCGACGACUUCCAGACCAUCAGCGGCAUGGUGGAGGGCACGGCCGCCGCCUUCGCCAACACCUGGAAGACCCAGGCCGCCUGCCCCAACGUCAAGAACAGCUUGGAGGACCCCUGCUCCCUCAGCGUGGAGAACGAGAAAUACGCUCAGCACUGGUGCUCGCGGCUGACAGACCCCCGCGGCCCCUUCACCCGGUGUCACGCUGCUGUGAGCCCCAGUGCCUACUACUCGAACUGCAUGUUUGACACGUGCAACUGUGAGAAGAGUGAGGACUGCAUGUGCGCGGCCCUGUCCUCCUACGUGCGGGCCUGCGCCGCCCGGGGCGUGCUGCUUGGCGGCUGGCGGGACGGCAUGUGCACAAAGGCCAUGACCACCUGCCCCCAGUCACUGACCUACCUCUACAACAUCAGCACCUGCCAGCCCACCUGCCGGGCCCGGAGUGACGCGGACGUCACCUGCAGCAUCAGCUUCGUCCCCGUGGACGGCUGCACCUGCCCUGAUGGCACCUUCCUGGAUGAUACGGACCAGUGUGUGCUGGCCACCAGCUGCCCCUGCUACCAUGGGGGCUCCGUGGUCCCCAAUGGGGAGUCGACGCACGAGCAGGGGGUCGUCUGCACCUGCACCCAGGGCACACUGACCUGCAUUGGAGGCCAUGCCCCAGCUCCAGUCUGUACCCCACCCAUGGUCUACUUCGACUGCCACAAUACCACGCCUGGGGCCGCUGGGGCUGGCUGUCAGAAGAGCUGCCACACCCUGGACAUGGACUGUUACAGCUCCCAGUGUGUGCCUGGCUGUGUGUGUCCCCACGGGCUGGUGGCCACUGGCGACGGCGGCUGCAUCCCUGUGUCCGACUGCCCUUGUGUGCACAACGAGGCCAGCUACAAGCCGGGCCAGACCAUCCGGGUGGGCUGCAACACCUGCACCUGUAAGAGCAGGAUGUGGCAGUGCACAGACCAGCCCUGCCCGGCCACCUGCGCGGUGUACGGCGACGGCCACUACCGCACCUUCGAUGGGCAGCGCUACAGCUUCAGCGGGGACUGCGAGUACACGCUGCUUCAGGACCACUGUGGGGGGGACGGCAGCGCCCAGGACGGCUUCCAUGUCAUCACCGAGAACGUCCCCUGUGGCACCACGGGAGCCACCUGCUCCAAGGCCAUCAAGAUCUUCCUGGGGAGCUACGAGCUGAAGCUGAGUGACGGGAACAUGGAGGUGAUCGGGAAGGAACAGGGGCAGCUGCCGCCCUUCUCCAUUCGCCAGAUGGGCAACUACCUGGUGGUAGACACGGAUGUCAGCCUGGUGUUGCUGUGGGACAAGGGGACCAGCAUCUUCCUCAGGCUCAGCCCCGAGUUCAAGGGGAGGGUCUGCGGGCUGUGCGGGAACUUUGACGACAACGCCCUCAACGACUUCACCACGCGGAGCCAGUCCGUGGUGGGCGACGUGCUGGAGUUCGGCAACAGCUGGAAAUUCUCCCCGUCCUGCCCGGACGCCCAGGCCCCCAGGGACCCCUGCACCGCCAACCCGUACCGCAAGUCCUGGGCCCAGAAGCAGUGCAGCAUCAUCAACAGCGCCACCUUCAGCGCCUGCCACGCCCACGUGGAAUCGGCCAGGUACUACGAGGCCUGCGUGAGCGACGCGUGCGCCUGCGACUCAGGGGGCGACUGCGAGUGUUUCUGCACGGCCGUGGCCGCCUACGCCCAGGCCUGCCACGAAGCGGGUGUGUGCGUGUCCUGGCGGACCCCGGACAUCUGCCCCCUCUUCUGUGACUACUACAACCCCAAGGGCCACUGCGAGUGGCACUACCAGCCCUGCGGGGCCCCCUGCCUGAGGACCUGCCGGAACCCCCGCGGCCAGUACCUGCACGAUGUCCGUGGCCUGGAAGGCUGCUACCCCAAGUGCCCAUCAGAGGCCCCCAUCUUCGAUGAGGACCAGAUGCGAUGUGUAGCUUCAUGCCCAACCCCGACCCCACCACUGCCCUGCCGCAUCCAGGGCAAGUCCUACCGGCCGGGCUCUGUGGUGCCCUCGGAAAAGAACUGCCACCACUGCGUUUGCACCGAGAGCGGCGUGCAGUGCACCUACAACUCUGAGGCCUGUGUCUGCACCUACGAUGGGAGGCGCUUCCGUCCCAGGGAAGUCAUCUACCACACGACAGACGGCACGGGGGCCUGCAUCUUCGCCCACUGUGGGGCUAACGGCACCAUCGAGAGGAGGGUCGAAGACUGCAACACUACCACCCCCACCCCCCAAACCACCUUCGCCUUCUCUACACUGAUCGUCGUGAGCUCGACGCUUCCACCCAGCACACACCCCAGCCUGUCCGAAAAGACAGCACACGCUCUGAGCUCGGCCCCGGCCACCACCCCGGGCACAUCCCCUGGACCAAUCCCUCCCACAGCCUCCGCCCCGCCCUCAUCCCGGCCCCGCUGUGGGGAGGAAUGCCAGUGGUCGCCAUGGCUGGAUGUCAGCCGCCCGGGAUGGGGCACAGACAGCGGUGACUUCGACACGCUGGAGAACCUCCGCACCUAUGGGUACCGGGUUUGCCGAGCACCGAGGGCGGUGGAGUGCCGAGCCGAGAGUGCCCCCGAGGUGCCGCUGGAAGCCCUGGGGCAGCGCGUGGAGUGCAGCCCAACGGUGGGGCUGACCUGCUACAACAGGGCCCAGGCCUCUGGGCGCUGUGACAACUACCAGAUCAGAAUCCUGUGCUGCUUCUCCCGGGCCUGCCCCCCUAGCAGUACAGAGACCACCCUGCACGCAACCCUCAGCACAACUGAAACUGGGCCCACGCCAGGACCCAGCAGGGUUACAUCUGUGCCGACAGGGAGCGCAGGUUCCUCAGCCCCCGUCACCACACUUGGCCCAACCACUGCCUCUAUGACUAGCAAAACACCUGGCCCAGGUACCUCAACAACUGGGAAAAUAACCCCCUUGACUCCUAGCCCAAAGCCGGUUUCAACAACAGUUUCCACCACAACCUCUGUGUCAACCACAACCCCCGGGCCCUCGAAGGGGACCUCAUCUGAGCCAACCCAGGUCACCUGUUUACAAGAAACGUGCACCUGGACCAAGUGGAUUGACGGCAGCUACCCUGGGGCAGGGAGGAACAGUGGAGAUUUUGACAGUUUUCAGAAUCUGAGAUCCAAAGGUUAUAAAUUCUGUGCAAACCCCAAGAACGUGGAAUGCCGGGCGGAAGUCUUCCCCAACACCUCCCUGCAGGCACUGGGGCAGAACCUGAUCUGUGACAAAAACGUGGGGCUGAUUUGUUGGAACAGAGACCAGCUGCCCCCCAUCUGCUACAACUACCAAAUCCGGAUCCUGUGCUGUGAGAUGGUGGACGUUUGCAGAACAAACGCCACACCCCCUACCACACCUGGGCCCACACAGACGACCACAGGUGAAACAAGCACUGCCUGGACCACCGCAACUUUCUCGUCUUCCACACAACACAGCACUGCCAGCUCGGCACAUGUGCCCACAAGAACGAGGGUCACAACCAGAACAACUGAGCAGUCCCCUCUGGGGACCACCUCCUGCCAGCCACAGUGCACAUGGACCAAGUGGUUCGAUGAGGACUUCCCAUCUCCUGGGCCCCACGGAGGAGACUUUGAAACCUACAGCAACAUCGUCAGAAGAGGAGAGAAGAUCUGCCGCCAACCCGAAUACAUCAGCGCCCUGGAGUGCCGAGCCGAGAACCACCCAGACGUCGGCAUCCAGAUGCUGGGCCAGGUGGUGCAGUGCAGCCCGGAAGUGGGCUUGGUGUGUCGGAACCGGGACCAGAAGGGCAAGUUCAGGAUGUGCCUCAACUACGAGGUGCGCGUGCUGUGCUGUGAGCCCCAGAAAGGCUGCCCUGUCACACGUGUCACAGUUUCCAGCACCUCAAGUGUGAGUGUCACCAGCCAGACAGGGACCACCUCCCAUGAGGCCACAUCCAGUGCAACCACGGUGCAGACAACCAGUUCAACCGCAGUGCCUAUAAGCAGCACCACCACUGUGGAGACAACUGGCCCAACCACAGCUCCUACAACCAGCACCAGCACUGUGGAGACAACCAGUCCAACCACAGCUCCUACAACCAGCACCACCACUGUGGAGACAACCGGCCCAACCACAGCUCCUACAACCAGCACCGCCACUGUGGAGACAACCGGCCCAACCACAGCUCCUACAACCAGCACCGCCACUGUGGAGACAACCGGCCCAACCACAGCUCCUACAACCAGCACCACCACUGUGGAGACAACCGGCCCAACCACAGCUCGUAGAACAAGUACCACCACUGUGGAGACAACCGGCCCAACCACAGCUCCUACAAUCAGCACCACCACUGUGGAGACAACCGGCCCAACCACAGCUCGUAGAACCAGCACCACCACUGUGGAGACAACCGGUCCAACCACAGCUCGUAGAACCAGCACCACCACUGUGGAGACAACCGGUCCAACCACAGCUCGUAGAACCAGCACCACCACUGUGGAGACAACCGGCCCAACCACAGCUCCUACAACCAGCACCACCACUGUGGAGACAACCGGCCCAACCACAGCUCCUACAACCAGCGCCACCACUGUGGAGACAACCGGCCCAACCACAGCUGCUACAACCAGCACCACCACUGUGGAGAAAACCGGCCCAACCACAGCUCCUACAACCAGCACCACCACUGUGGAGACAACCGGCCCAACCACAGCUCCUACAACCAGCACCACCACUGUGGAGACAACCGGCCCAACCACAGCUCCUACAACCAGCACCACCACUGUGGAGACAACCAGCCCAACCACAGCUCCUACAACCAGCACAACUUUUGUCUCUAUACCUGAAACAACCCACUCCCAACCCUGGACCACCUCCUGCCAGCCACAGUGUACAUGGACCAGGUGGUUCGAUGAGGACUUCCCAUCUCCUGGGCCCCACGGAGGAGACUUUGAAACCUACAGCAACAUCGUCAGAAGGGGAGAGAAGAUCUGCCGCCAACCCGAAUACAUCAGCGCCCUGGAGUGCCGAGCCGAGAACCACCCAGACGUCGGCAUCCAGAUGCUGGGCCAGGUGGUGCAGUGCAGCCCGGAAGUGGGCUUGGUGUGUCGGAACCGGGACCAGAAGGGCAAGUUCAGGAUGUGCCUCAACUACGAGGUGCGCAUGCUGUGCUGUGAGCCCCAGAAAGGCUGCCCUGUCACACGUGUCACAGUUUCCAGCACCUCAAGUGUGAGUGUCACCAGCCAGACAGGGACCACCUUCCAUGAGGCCACAUCCAGUGCAACCACGGUGCAGACAACCAGUUCAACCGCAGUGCCUAUAAGCAGCACCACCACUGUGGAGACAACUGGCCCAACCACAGCUCCUACAACCAGCACCACCACUGUGGAGACAACCAGUCCAACCACAGCUCCUACAACCAGCACCACCACUGUGGAGACAACCGGUCCAACCACAGCUCCUACAACCAGCACCACCACUGUGGAGACAACCGGCCCAACCACAGCUCCUACAACCAGCACCAGCACUGUGGAGACAACCGGCCCAACCACAGCUCCUACAACCAGCACCGCCACUGUGGAGACAACUGGCACAACCACAGCUCCUACAACCAGCACCACCACUGUGGAGGCAACCAGUCCAACCACAGCUCCUACAACCAGCACCACCACUGUGGAGACAACCAGCCCAACCACAGCUCGUAGAACCAGCACCACCACUGUGGAGACAACCGGCCCAACCACAGCUCCUACAACCAGCACCACCACUGUGGAGUCAACCAGUCCAACCGCAGCUCGUAGAACCAGCACCACCACUGUGGAGACAACCGGCCCAACCACCGCUCCUACAACCAGCACAACUUUUGUUUCUAUACCUGAAACAACCCACUCCCAACCCUGGACCACCUCCUGCCAGCCACAGUGCACAUGGACCAAGUGGUUCGAUGAGGACUUCCCAUCUCCUGGGCCCCACGGAGGAGACUUUGAAACCUACAGCAACAUCGUCAGAAGGGGAGAGAAGAUCUGCCGCCAACCCGAAUACAUCAGCGCCCUGGAGUGCCGAGCCGAGAACCACCCAGACGUCGGCAUCCAGACGCUGGGCCAGGUGGUGCAGUGCAGCCCGGAAGUGGGCUUGGUGUGUCGGAACCGGGACCAGAAGGGCAAGUUCAGGAUGUGCCUCAACUACGAGGUGCGCGUGCUGUGCUGUGAGCCCCAGAAAGGCUGCCCUGUCAGCUCUGUGACUCCAAGUCCGCAGCCCUCACUCUCUCCAGAGUCCACCACCCCCACGGUUUCCCUGGUGACCUCCCCUAGCUCCGCAGCGCCCUCCACAUCCACGUGCUACUGCAGUGUGGCGUCCAGGUUAUACCCCGCAGGAUCCAUCAUUUACCAGCAGACGGACCUCUCCGGGCACUGCUAUUAUGCCCUUUGCAGCCUGCACUGCCACGUGGUCAGGCGGACCGACCACACCUGUCCCACCAGCACACCACCUCCCGCCCCGGCCACCUCCACGCCAGUGUCCUCCCCUUCUGCCUCUGUGUCCGUUACUCAGGGAGGAUGCCCAAAUGCAGUCCCCCCAAGAACGAAAGGCGAAACCUGGGCCAUGCCCAACUGCUCUGAGGCCACUUGUGAGGGCAACGGGGUCAUCACCGUGAGGGCGCGCCAGUGUCCAAAGAGGCAGAAGCCCACCUGCGCCAACGGCUACCCUGCUGUGAUAGUGGCCCACCCGGAGGACUGCUGCCCAUCCUACGAGUGCAAGUGCGUGUGUAGCCGCUGGGGCAAACCCCACUACAUCACUUUUGAUGGUACAUACUACACGUUUCUGGACAACUGCACGUAUGUGCUGGUACAGCAGAUCGUGCCCGUGUUCGGACACUUCCGGGUGCUGAUCGACACCUACUUCUGUGAUGCUGAGGAUGGGCUGCCCUGCCUACAGUCCAUCAUCAUCGAGUACCAGCAGGACCGCAUCGUGCUGACCCGCAAGCCCGUCGGAGGGGUGAUGACCAAUGAGAUCAUCUUCAACGGUGAGGUGGUCAGACCCGGCUUCCAGAAAGACGGCAUUUUCGUCUCCCAAAUCGGCAUCAAGAUGUACGUGACCAUCCCUGCCCUUGGUGUCCAGGUCAUGUUCAGUGGCCUCAUCUUCUCUGUGGAGCUGCCCUUCAGCAAAUUCGCCAACAACACAGAGGGGCAGUGCGGCACCUGUACCAAUGACCAGAAGGACGAGUGCCGCCUGCCCGGGGGGGCGGUGGUACCCUCCUGCUCCAACAUGCCUGGCCACUGGAAUGUGACACACCCCGGCCAGCCAUCCUGCAGCAGGCCUCCCCCGACGCCCACCACAGUUGAGCCCAAGAAAACGUCCACCUCGUGCCUACCUUCGCCAAUCUGCCAGCUAAUUCUGAGCAAGGUCUUCAAGCCGUGUCACUCGGUGAUCCCCCCGUGGCCAUACUACCAAGCCUGCGCCUUUGACCAGUGCCACGCGCCCACGGUGGACACGAGGUGCUCCAGCCUGGAGCUGUACGCCGCCCUCUGCGCGUCCCUCAGCGUGUGCAUCGACUGGCGGGGCCUGACCGCCCACGAGUGCCCUUUCACCUGCCCUGCUGACAAGGUGUACCGGCCCUGCGGCCCGUCCAAUCCUUCCUACUGUUACAUGAACAACAGUGCCAAUACCCUGGCCCUUCCGGAAGCCAUUCCCAUCACAGAAGGCUGCUUCUGCCCGGAGGACAUGACGCUGUUCAGCUCGAGCUCAGAGGUCUGCGUGCCAGCCAACUGCAGCAGUUGCGUGGGGCCCGACGGGGAGCCUGUGGAGCCUGGCCACACUGUCAGCGUGGGCUGCCAGGAGUGCACCUGCAAGGACGGCACCUGGACUCUGAGCUGCCAGACUCGGCCCUGCGCCCCGCCCCCCGCCUGCCCCGAGCCCGGCUUCGUGCCAGUGCCCGCGGCCCUGCAGACCGGCCAGUGCUGUCCCCAGUACACCUGCGUCUGCAACACCACACACUGCCCCGUGCCCGUGGACUGCCCGGAAGGCUCGCGCUCCAUCCUGGCCUAUAAGGAGGGGGCGUGCUGCCCGACCCAAAACUGCAGCCGGACCGUCUGCAGCAUCAACGGCACCUUGUACCAGCCUGGUACCAUAGUCUCCUCGAACCUGUGCGAAAAGUGUUGGUGUGAGUUGCCCGGUGGCCCCCAGUCGGACACGGUCGUGAUCAGCUGUGAGACCCAGAUCUGCAGCACCCAUUGCCCCGUGGGCUUCGAGUACCAGACACAGAGCGGGCAGUGCUGUGGCGAGUGCGUGCAGGUGGCCUGUGUCAUGAACACCAGCAACAGCUCUGCUCACCUCUUCUACCCCGGCGAGUCCUGGUCAGACCCCGGGAGCCGCUGCGUGACACACAAGUGUGAGAAGCAGCAGGACGGGCUCGUGGUGGUGACCACAAAGAAGGCGUGUGCCCCCCUCGGCUGUCCAGCGGACAAGGCUCGGCUGAGCGAGGACGGCUGCUGCCUCUCCUGCCCCCACCCCCCAGCCCAGAACAGGUCGACCUGCGCCGUGUACCACGAGCUUCAGGUCCUCCGGCAGCGAGGCUGCAGCUCCGUGGGGCCCGUGCGCCUCACCUAUUGCCGGGGCAACUGUGGGGACACCACCUCCAUGUACUCCCUGGAGGCCCGCGCCGUGGAGCACAGGUGCAGGUGUUGCCGGGAGCUGCGGGCCUCUGUGCGCUACGUGACCCUGCGCUGUGGGGACGGCUCCAGCCAGGCCUUCAGCUACACCGAGGUGCAGGAGUGCGGCUGCGUGGGCCUGCGCUGCGACUCCCACGGGGGCUCCAGCCGCUCAGGGGAGGUGCGGGGUGCUGAGCACAGCCAGGAGGCGGGGCUCAGGCGCUGGAGCAGAGGCGCCCCGGCUCCCCGGCCUUUGCAGUAGACGGGCUGGAGCCCCGCCCUGUCCCCCCAGGACAGGCCCACAAGAACGGUUGUAUUCGCUGCAAUCUCAGCCUCCAGGGCCAGUGGAACCUGAGCCCCGGUCCAGGUGACCCAAGCCUAGGAUGCACGGUCCACCCCUCUCGUCCCUCCCCGAGUCCAGCGGCCCCGGGUGUGCAGUGGCCCUGACGGGCUUGCAGCCGCCUGCUCGGGACCAGCCCGGGGGGGCAGGGGGUGGGGGAGGCUCCUCUGUGGGGCCAGCCUGCUGGUCCCAACCUUCAGCAU